CUAACGCCUGUUGCCCAGCCGACGUCUGCUACAAUCACUGCUUCAGCAUCAUCUUCAAAGUUUGUUUCCCAAUCGUCUUCUCCCACAACGGCUUCUUCCCCAUCAUCCUCAACGCCUGUUGCUCAGACGACAUCUGCUACAAUCACUCCUUCAACGUCCUCAUCAGCCGUCACACAAUCUUCAACGCCUGUCGUCCAGACAUCAUCGUCAGCUGUGACACAAUCUUCAACACCUGUUGUCCAGUCGAUGUCUGCCGCCAUCGCUGCUUCAGCAUCAUCGUCAACUGUAACACAAUCUACAACGCCUGUUGCCCAGCCGACGUCUGCUACAAUCGCUGCUUCUGCAUCAUCGUCAGCUGUAACACAAUCUUCAACACCUGUUGUCCAGUCGACGUCUGCCACAAUCGCUGCUUCAACAUCAUCUUCAGGACCUGUUGCCCAAACGACAUCUGCCACAAUCACUGCUUCAGUAUCAUCCUCAACGCACGCCCAGCUGCUUCAGCAUUCUUCAAAUCGGCGUCUUCUGCAAUCACUGCUUCAACAUCAUCGUCAACUGUGA